ACCUUUCCCCUCCCCUCUCUCAUUAGCUGGUAUAUAAGAGCAUUGCAUCCCUCUCCACCUCUCUCACACACAUACAGUGUGUUUGCUGGGAAGGGGAUAGUCCAGGGGAAAAAAGGGAUUACAUUGUCUAUCUGCCUGUGAAGGAAUUAUUUUCCUCUCUGGAAUUUCCAUAAAGAGAUCUUGGAACAACAUCCUAAAGGGAGCUGUAGCCAAAUUCUUACCUAUCAUCAAAACUCAGUGACAUCACUAUUAUCACCUGAUCUGCAACAAAUUUUCCUGCCGUCAAGAUCAUCACUUGUCGUAACAUCAACGGCGAACACAUUUGACGUCGUCCAAAGAGACCAUGAGCAGCAAUUACAUCGUCACUCUCUUAGGCCCGGCCCCCUGGGGCUUCAGGCUGCAGGGAGGGAAGGACUUCAACAUGCCCCUCACCAUCUCCAGGCUGACAGAUGGUGGGAAGGCGGCUAAAGGUGGCAUUGGUAUUGGAGACAUGGUUCUGUCUAUUGACGGCAUCGCCACAGAGGGCAUGAACCACCUGGAGGCCCAGAACAAGAUCAAGAGCUGCACUGGCAACCUAAGCCUCACCCUGCAGAAGGCCUCCAGUGUUCCUAAACCUCCUCCUGUGGCACCAAAGGAUGACAGAUCAGACAUCAUAAAACCAUUGGCCCUCACCCAUCCCCCUACACCAUCCCACCUCCACCCUCACUCCUCCAGCCCCUCCACCAUCCUCUACAACAAGGCCCCCAGACCUUACGGUGGCUGUGCAACUGAGAGCGAAUACCCUCCUUCACAGUCCCCUUUCACUCCCUUCAUCCCAUCCCCAUCCUCUGCCUUCACUCCUGCCUCCUCCAACAACAGUCCUCCUCUUUAUCCUCCUCCACCUUCUGUCUCUUACCCAUCCUCUUCCUCCUCCUCCCCCCCUGUCCUCACUGCGCCCCAGCCAUCAGUGUAUAACACACCAAUAAACCUCUACUCCACUGAGAACGCAUGUGAGGUGGCCAUGGGGCAGAGGCGGGGCCUUUUGGAAAGUCAGGGUGGAGCCUUGCCUUUGCAGUUUCAUGGAGUUCCCAGGAAACACGUUGUGGACACAGACAUCCAAUUUUACCAUGUGCCCACUCAUGCUGAUGCCAGCAGGAAGCGCAUAAUGGAGGACACAGAGGACUGGCGCCCACGCAGUGGCACCACCCAGUCCAGAUCUUUCAGGAUUCUGGCUCAGAUCACGGGUACCGAGCGUGCUCAAGAUGAGGAAACUGACGCAGCCAAGAACACAAAUUCCUCCCCUCUUUCCUCUUCUAGUUGUCUCACUGAGUCUGAGACAAACAGUGGGGAGGUCAGUUUCACAGUCCAAGUCAAUUCUCAUCUAUCUCCUAUAUCAGCAUGUCAUCAUGUACUUUCUACCAAACCAGUCAGAAGAGAGCUCCUGUCAAGUCCUCUGGAAUUCCUACCCAAAGCAGCCCCCUGCUCCCCUCCUCUUACCCCCAGUGCCCCCAAACAACUUACACGAAACACACACGCUGAGCACCGUAGUCCAGUGCAGGCAAGAACAACUUAUCAGAGCAGUCCUUGGCCUCCUGAGAAGGCAGCAUCUCAGUGCUUAUUGGACGCCCUGCUCAUCACCCCAAUCACUCAAGCUCCGCCACUACACUUGAGGAAGAAGAAGAAGCAUCAUAGCGUCAGUGAGCUGCAUCUGCCCAAGAACAAGAGGGUGUCUUGGCAUCAGUCUGCCACAGAAGAGGGAGACCCUCUCUUCUCUUCUCCCGUCAAUGCUGUCUAUGUCUUUAGUGAGGAGGGAGAGGAGCCAGAACUCAACAGCCAUGAGUCUGCAGUUGUCAAGACCAUGACCAAAGGACCUGCUGCAAUCCAGGGUCACGGCCCAAGGACUAGUUUGAUCACCCCAUCUUUCGGUAUGAAAGGUAAUGGAAGUGCCAGUGUCCCGAGGGGUCCUGUCCCAGCCCGACCUUUACCUCAGCCCCACCCUAAAGAUGAGGACACCCUGGUCCAGAUGGCAGAACACAUCCCUGCUGGGACUCGGGCGCCCAUGUGUGCCCACUGCAACAUGGUCAUCAGAGGGCCAUUUUUGGUAGCAAUGGGGAAAUCAUGGCAUAAGGAGGAGUUUAACUGUGCCCACUGCCGUACAUCCCUGGCAGAUAUAGGCUUUGUGGAAGAACAGAGAUCUGUCUACUGUGAACACUGCUAUGAAGAUUUCUUAGCUCCGACAUGCAGUCGCUGCCAGGCCAAGAUACUGGGGGAGGUGAUAAAUGCCCUCAAACAGACAUGGCAUGUCUACUGCUUUCUGUGCGCUUGCUGUCAGCAGCCAAUCAGAAACAAAAUCUUCCAUCUAGAGGAUGGAGAACCAUACUGUGAACAAGACUUCUACAGUGUGUUUGGGACGAGCUGCCAUGGCUGUGAGUUCCCCAUUGAGGCUGGAGACAAGUUCCUGGAGGCCCUUGGUUACACCUGGCAUGACACCUGCUUUGUCUGCACUGUGUGCUGCACCACUCUGGAAGGCCAGACCUUCUUUUCCAAGAAAGACAAACCUCUUUGCAAGAAACAUGCUCACACACUGAAGAUAUGAAUUUUGGACUUUCCUCACAAUGUUCGAGCCAUAUGUUCUCCCUUGGUGGAUGUGGUGGGAGAGCCUCUUAAUAGAUCAUGCAACAAUAAAACUCAAGCAACACUUAUACAAGCAAAGAGGUCAGAAAAAGGGAAACACUGUAACAUGUAUGUAAAAGUGAAGUUAUUCUUGUCAGGGGACCCAGACCCAUUGUAAUACAUAAUCUCCAGUACUUUUCUCCUGUGAUUCUUAUAUAAGCAGCAACAUAGCUUGCAGUAAAGAAUCACUGUUUUUACCCUUUUUUCACCAAAACUGACCUCUGAUUAUGCUAUUAUUUUUUCAUUGUUUUUUAUACAUUAUUUGCUCAUGCAUACAAAAAAAUAGAACAGUUUUUGUUCCAAAUGGUGCAGUGUAUGUGUACUCACACUAGAAAACACAGUCAGACAUUUAAUAAUACAUAGGAUUUUGUGAUACCAGUCUUUAUUUCUUAAUCCAGAGUUUAAUUUUGAGUUUCCCUAAAGCAUGUCAGUGUUGAGUUCAUCACAUUUUCCAUUGUCAGUGAGUCAGUGUACAAAGAGGCUUGGGUAACCUGUUAAAUCACAUUUAAUGCUUGAAAUUAGACAGUACCAGAAAUGUGUGGAAAAUAUAUAUUCAUACCCUUACUAUAUGAAUUCAGAGAGAGGAGGAUAUUGGAAAGUUAUUUUCUAAGCAGGCAUUUCUUUUUUGUUAAUGUUUGUGUAGCUGUAAUCAAAUUUAACAAUCUAAUCCGCAGCUAUUAAGACAAUUUCAAGAGAAUAUUAGCCAUCUGAUUACCUGUGUUUAUUAUAACAGAUGGUGAAACCUCUUGCCUUUUAUCAGUGCUUAGAUGUUAGAUUAUGUUUUAUUUUUUAUUUGUCAUGUGAAACUUGUAACAUUGGCAAAAAUGUUCCAGUUUCAAAACAAUAAGUAACAUUUAUUAUAUACAACAUUGAGGCACUUGAGAAAGAGAAGUGGACUUGAUUUAAUGGAGGACGGAAUUGGCUCUAAAUAUAAAUUAAAUAAAUAUACAUACAAAAUAGAUAAAUGUAACAAAAUAUGAAGCCCAUAUUAUGUAUAUCUAUGUAUUUCGACUUACUAUGAUAGACUGACAUCUUCACAAUUGCAUGUGAAUGCAUGUGUUUUUUAUUGUGCCAUAUAGUUUAAUGAAUAAUGUUCACAUUUUACCUCAUGAUAUAUAUAUAUAUACAUAUAUACAUAUAUAUAUA